GUGGGACGUCCACCACCCCCUACACGAAGGAGGAGGAGAAGAUGGCCGCCCUUCUACAGGAGAAGAAGGAGAAGGAGGCCAAGAAGAGGGCCUUGAAGGAGGAGCAGGGGGCCAAACUGAAGAAGAUGGAAGAAGAAAUGGCCAGAGAGAAAGAGAGGUUGAAAAAGAAAGAAGAAGAGAAGUUGGAAGGAGGUGGAUGAAGAAGAGGAAGGACCGCCACUGCAAAGGAGUAGUGGGCAGCCCAGUAGUAAUACCGGUGGAAACCUGGAGAAGAGGAUCUCUGAAUGGGUUGCCAACCUGACUGUGGGAGAAGAGGAAGAGGUUAGUAUGUACAUCCCGCAGGAUCAGCAAGAAGCCGCCAUGAAGGCUUGGGAGGCAGAGAAAGACCCWCUGAAACGUCAAGCAUUGGAAGACGAGAAGAAGAUGGAAUGGAAAUUAGCGGUGAUGAGGGAGAAGAAGAGGAGAAUUGACAAGGCAGCGGAGGCGGCAGAGGCCUUAGAAGAGGWRAAGAACAUAGAGACGCAAUUAGCCGCCCAGCCYGAUCUCCCGAAUCAGAUGCGAGUCAUAGCGCGKAGCAUCGCAUGCCUGGCACGGGUUCAGGCAGACCAAUAUGACUUUAGCAGAAGUCAGGACAUAGCUGUGCGCUCGAUACGAUUGGGCUUUCGAGACUUUGCUCGUGAGUUGGUAGGCGCCAUUGGAGUCGAGGUGGGUCACCGCCUCGACAAGACUGAGCGGUUCUGCGCUGGCGCCAUUGAAGGCGUCAAGGCGGCAGMUCCCAAGGAGGAGGAAGCACGUCCUCCUCGCCGGGAGCCUGUCAAAGUCAAGUUCCCCGAUUCCUACAGCGGGAUGAGGGAAGAAAACUUUGAUAAUUGGGAGGCCAACGUUAAGACCUAUGUGCACUUGCAACAGGUCUCCCUAGAUCAGGAAGUCUUAAUUGCUAUCCACGCACUGAGAGAUGAGGCCGCCAGUUUUGCAAGGUCCUUAGUUCACGCUGCCAACUGUAGUGAUGAUCCCGUUGCGUACUCCUCAUUUACGUCCCUCACCGAAUUUCUGAAGUUGUUGCGCGAGCGAUUUGCUGAUGUCGCUCGCAGUGUCAAGGCCUCAGACAAGCUCCAAACCAUCCAUUCUCGUAAAUGGAAGAGUGCCAGGGCACUCAAGGGUACAAUGGAUGAGUUGGUGGCCGUCCCUGACCAUGGGGUCACAGAGGGCCAGUUGGUCAACCUCUUUUACCGGGGUAUGCCCGCAGCCUUUCGAGGGCAGUUCUUCGCGAAAAGCGAAGACCCUGCCACCACUUAUGAUUCCCUUAAUCAUGAGGUGGUGACUUUUGAAGCAAAGUCAGUGUCUCUGUCCACCUUCUGGCACAAAGACUUGGACAGGGAUAAGCAAUGGAAAGGCCGCACUAUCUCAGGGCAGGUAAAGACCAAGGAUAGCCUUGUCCUGACUUUAGAUGAGGGUAGCGUGGAUGAGAUUCCCUACGACCAGAUUGAGUGGGGAUUAGAGGAGGCGGACARCGGUGUGGGUCAGGGGAGAUCCUACGCUGCUUUCAAGGAUUUAACCGAGCCGCCGACAGGCACGGUGCCGCGGCCCAUCCAGCACCGUAUUGAGAUAGAGCCUGGCAGCAGAACUCCUAAGGGUGCUGUAUAUAGGAUGUCCCCGCGGGAGUUGGAAGAGCUACGGAAGCAGUUGGACGAGCUUCUCGAAAAGGGUUGGAUUAGGCCCAGUUCGUCUCCUUUCGGAGCCCCUGUUCUCUUUGUCCCUAAGAAAGAGGGAGAGUUGAGGAUGUGUAUAGACUAUAGGGGUCUGAAUGCUAUUACAGUAAAGAAUGCUGAGCCACUGCCUAGGAUAGACGAUCUCUUAGAUCAAAUAGAGGUGCAUCCUGAUGAUCAGUAUAAGACAGCCUUCCGAACUAGAUAUGGGCACUACGAGUUUAUAGUGAUGCCCUUUGGACUAACCAAUGCGCCAACUACGUUCCAGCGCUGUAUGAACGAUUUGUUCAGGCCGUGGUUAGAUAGAUUUGUUAUAGUGUACCUAGAUGACAUUCUAGUGUUUAAUAAGACCCUCGACGAGCAUCAGGGUCAUCUUAGGCAGGUCUUGGAAAAGUUGAGGGAAGCUAACCUCAAGAUCAAUGCAAAGACCCAAGUUUUGUAUUUAGGCCACGUCUUAGACGGAGAUGGCGUUAAGCCAAAGGAUAGCAAGAUCGCAGCGAUUAGAGAUUGGCCCACGCCACGUACGCUGACAGAGUUGCGCUCGUUCCUGGGCUUAGCAAAUUACUACAGGAAGUUCAUGAGGAACUUCUCCACCAUCGCUGCGCAACUUCGCAGAUUGCUAAGAAAAGAGACAAUCUGGAAGUGGGACAAGGACUGCACGUCUGCCAUGAAGAAGUUAAGCAGGCAUUGAUAGAGUACCCGGUCCUUAAGGUCGCCGAUCCGUCCUUGCCUUUUGUCRUUACUACGGAUGCUAGCCAGUACGGCAUAAGCACAGU